UUCGAGGGGCCGUUUAGGUGGGUGGGAAAACGAACCGUGUGUGGUGGUUUCUGAGGAAAGCGGCGGGAGUGGCUGCCUGGCCCUACUCCGGAGAACUACCCGCGACCUGCCGCCUCAUCCCGUGGCGGGCGCUUGACGAGCGGCGUCGUGGUUGGCGUGUGGUGGGCAGAGGCCAGCAGCGCUGCCUGAGGGGAGGGCGGGCCAGCGAAUUCCCGCCGCAAGUGUCCGCUGCGAGGCGCCCCUCGGGUCUACGGGGAGCCGGAGCUGCGAACCCCGCCUCUGGCGUGUUCCGUACAGCGAGUUGGCUCUCCUGUGAAAAAAUUCUUCUUUUUUUCUUUAUUAUUGGGGGGCAAAUUGAUAAAUGUAAACCGGCAUCACUUUCUAGGUUUCACCUUGCUGUUGGUGAAGGACUUUCACUGCGCGGGGCAGUACACACGCCAAGGAGGGACAUAUUCAGAUAUUUAUUUUACAGGGCACGCCCUUUUGAGAAGUCUAGGUGUCUGGAUCCCCGCAGAUUCAAAGACCUACUGCAGAACCAGGAGUAAACAGUUAUGAAGGCGCCCACCCUUGCCCCUAGUCUCAGUCAUGCAACGACGUUCAGCAGCUGCCUAAGUGUCUCUUAGGGCUCUACCAGGAGGCGGCUGUGGCCUGAAAACGUCUCUUACCCUCUGUCUUGCUCCAUCCACAUUUUUCUGUGAGAAUGUUAUAUUUAAAAAGUUGUUACUGAAUAUACAUGUGUAUUUUCAUUUUAUAUUCAUGUGUAUAUUUCAUAUACACAUGAAUAUGCACAUGUCUAUAUUCAUGUGUAUAUUCACUUAUUUUUAUUUUCUUUACAUAGUAUCCAAGAUGAAUGACAGCCUCUUUGUCAGUCUGGACAGACUUUUGUUAGAAUUUGUUUUCCAGUAUGAGCAAGAUAUAAGUACUAAAGAAGACAUGAUUCAAAGAAUUAAUAAAUGCUUUGAAGACAUAAAAGAAAACAAAUCAACUAUUUGUAAGAUACAUGAAAGUAUAAAUACAACAGAUGAGGAAAUUGCUCAUUACUGUAAACAUAGUAAUGAAAUCAAAGACAACUGUAGUAACUGGAAGCCAACAUGUGAUGUUUUUCAUAAACAUGAAGAUUAUAUGCAGGACCAAUUUACUAUUUAUCAAGAAACCAUUGAAAAAGACAAAAAAAUGUAUCAUGAUUAUGUAUGUCAGUAUAAAGAAGUUUUGAAGCAAUACCAACUAAAAUAUUCAGAAACACCCUUUUCACGUGAAUAUUAUGAGAAGAAAAGAGAACAUGAAGAAAUUCAAAACAGAGUGUUGGCAUGUUCUGAACAACUAAAAAUGAAUGAAACUAUUCUUAUGGAAUUUCUAGUGCCUGCACCCUUUCCAUCACUUACCAAGUGGACAUUACACAUAGUUAAUCUGAGAUGUAAAACACAAGAUAUCCUGAAACAUGCCAACAGUUUUACCAAAAGUUCAUCUGAAUUGAAGAAAGAAGCAGAUGAAGCAGAAAUGGAAAUUAAUUCAUUAAACAAGCUGAUUGCAAGACUUUAUGAAACCAAGAAUCUUUCAGAAACUCUUGAAGAAAAGAAAAAAAGUACAGAAAAGAGAAAGGAAUUGAAAGAAAGGUAUAGAAUUUUUGAAAAAGAUGAGCAUAUGCUUGUAUUGAAUAAAAUCCCUCAAAGUACUCAAUUAUUUCUUCCUUAUGAACCUCAUAUAUUAGUAAGACCAAAAAAGAUGCAUUCUUCAGAACCAAGAGUUACAGAUAAAAAAGAAGAAAGUUCUAUGCAGCAGUCAAAGCUUGCCAAUAUUGACUUCAGACAAAAGGAAAAAGACCCACAAGUAUUUAAUGAUUCUGGUGUGAAUAACAAUUCAAAAUGUUCACAUGUUACUGCUAUUAAAAGUUCACAAAAUUUUAUGCAGUUCAGAUUGUUAACUCCUCAGAAACGAUCCAACAACAAUCAGUGGUUUGAAAAAAGACAAACAGAUGCUGAGUGUGGAGAAAAAGGGACAGUAAGACAAUUAAGAGAAUCAAAAUGCACUUCACAAUCUAUACAUACAGAACAUUUUGGAAUGUCAAUAGAAGAUAAUAGUGAUGAAGUAGAAGAAAGGCCUGAGAAUUUUCCACCAACUCCUGAAAUUCCUAUAUUUUUAAAAACUCCUGAAGCUAUGAAUACACAUGAAUCUUUGGAGAAAAUGCAGUUUCCUAAAGCUCCCUCAUUUGAAAUGUCUUCCUCCCCAUUUUUCCUGCAGCGUUUAUCUGAAGAUGAUAUAGAUCCUGAGUACUUACCCAGCGCAAUACUAUAUAGAUUUAAAAUUUUCCAAAGGGUUAAAUUUUGUGGAGAAAUUUAAAAUGUUAAAGAGCUACUGCCAUAUUUGGAAGAUUGUGGGCUUAUCAUUGAAUAAUGUUCCAGCAGUCAUUUUCCCACAUGUUAUAGUGUCUGAAGCAAGAAUUGCCAUUCUGCUUAGUAAGCUAGUUAGGCAUAAAUAUCUCUAACAUGAAUAUUUAUCUUUGAAAACUAUAGAUAUAUGGUUUGCAUUCAAGAAAAUAGUGCUACCUUUAAACAUUUUCUUUAGUUCAGUCUCUUCCUUAAUACUGAUCCCUGAGGUUUUUCCAAAAUAUGUUAGAUAGAUUUCACUUUAUCAGGGAUAUCUCACCUAUAUCCUACUUCUGUAUUUUAAAUUGUUAGAAUAAGUUUUAUAUAUGAAUACUAUGCUGUUGACUCAAGCACAGCAUGUUUAAAGUGAAACUCAACUUCAAAUCUUAGAAUUAUUAAGGAAUAUCAGAUUAUAUGCUAAAACUUCUCUCCAUGGAUGAGAAAAUUAUGAUCUGUAAAGUUAAAUGACUCAUUCAUGGUCAUAGAGAUAGUUUAUGGAAGUAUUGUUACACUUCAUACACACACACACACACACACACACACACACACACACACGUGUUUUUUCUUUUUUGGUAUUUGGAAUUGUCUCCAAGGCCUUGUGAAUACUAAGUACUUAAUCUUCUGUUGAGCUAUUCCUCUGGCCCCUAUUAUAUUUUAAAAACACUUAUGUAGCACUAUCUGUGAGCCACUGUUAUAAGCACUUUAGACCAUUUAAUAUUGAUUAUUUAAUAUUCACAACAAUCUUAUACAUUUUAGGUACAUUAUUAUCAUUAUUUUAUAAAUGAGAAAACAUAAUUAUAGGUAAUACAAGUAAUCAAUGUUAGAGUUGAGAUUUUAAACCCAGGUAGUUCUGGUUUUAGAAUCCAUUCUCCUAACCAAUGUGUUACACAUUGUAUUGUCUAUUUUUUCCCGAUCAUUUUACUGUUUAACUCCCUGAUAUGACACUUAGUAAUGGCUGCCUUUUAAUCCAGACAUAGCUUGUUAGGGCUGGGGCUGGGGCUGGGGCUCAGCAGUAAUGCACUUGCCUGGUAUGUGUGAGACACUGGGUUCAAUUCUCAGCACUGCAGAUAAAUAAAUAAAGUAAAGGUCUAUCAAAAACUAAAAUAUAUAUAUAUAUUUAAAAACAAAAUAGACACAGCUUGUUACUGACUUUCAAGAUCUUGAAGACCAUGUUGGGGUUAAGAGCUUGGACUUUGAAUCUGAAGUGCUGAAUUCAAUUCUCAACUCUACUGUAUUUUUUUGAGCAAAUCAUUUAUAUUUUCUACGCUUAAAAAUCCUUUACUGUAAAAUUAAAGUGACUGAAAUAAUAUCUGUAUUAUAGAGUUAUUAUGAGGAAUAAGUUAUGCUUAUGGAAGUACCUAGAAGAGUGCCUGACAGUAUAUUCUGAGUAGAUAUUCAUAAUAAUUAUCCCAAAGUUGAUUUUCCAUAUUAGUCUCCUCCCAAACCAUCUUUUCUUUAUAGGUUGCUUCAAUAACUACUUCCUACCUUCCCUUCUAUGCUAAUUUUUACCCCCAUGACAUUGCUUGUGGUCAAUCUUCAGUGUUUGGUGAUAGAUUUUUAACAUUUUGAUGAUUUUUUAAAAAUCUCUUUGUAACAGAAAUGCAGUACCUGAAGGUCAAACACAAAAAGAGUCCUCUGGAUUUUCAUUUCUUACAAGUUAUACUUCUAGAUCACCUAGAUUGAAUUUAUUUGAUUCUUCUGUAUUUGAUUCAGAAAUUUCAUCA